AUGUACAAGAAGCAACAAGACACUGACAUGUUGUUAUUGUGUUUAUAUGUUGAUGAUAUUGUUUACAUGGGGUUAUCUGAGAGGAUGUUGAAAGAGUUCAAAGAAAAGAUGAUGGGAACAUUUGAAAUGACAUAUCCUGGUCAAUUGAAAUACAUUCUCGGCUUGGAGGUAAUUCAACUUAAUGAUUCAUUGUUUGUAUCUCAACACAAGUAUGCAGUGGAUUUAUUAAUCAAGUCUGGAAUGAAGAAUUGUAAACUUGUGGCUUCUCCAAUGAAUUCAAAUGAGCAACUGCAUUUACAGGACAAUUCAGGAAGUGUUUGUCCUACAAAGUAUAGAAGCAUUGUUGGUGGACUUUUGUACUUAACUCACACUCGACCGGAUCUCAUGUUUGUAGUGUCUGUUGUAUCUCAUUUCAUGAAUUCUCCAUCAACACAUCAUUUUGGAGCCUUAAAAAGGAUAUUGAGGUAUGUAAGUGGAACACUGAAUCUUGGUUUACUCUACACUACAAGUGAGAAUUUCAACUUGGUUGGGCAUUCAGACAGUGACUGGGGAAAUUCCCUAGAUGAUAGAAGAAGUACUAUAGGAUGGUGUUUCACACUGGGUUCUGCUAUCAUUGCUUGUGCUGUCAUUGCUUGGAGUUCAAAGAAAUAA